AUGAAGUUCCUCGCCUUGAUCCCCGUAUUCCUCACCCUGGGCUACUGCCUACAGCCCAACACAAUCUCUAACCAGAAACCGUCCAAGUUUUACGGCAACAAUCUCAUCGUAACCACGUAUGACGAGGAUACCGCAGGCUUGACUUACUACGGCUACAAAGUGCCAAAAGAUGAGUGUGCCGAUGUGGAAGGCCUAUCUGGCCACACUACCGAUUUACGCAUCAAUCCUGAUUCACUCCUGUCCUGUGAAUUCUUCAGAGAGAAAGCUUGCGAGGGCGAUCCCGUCGCCUUCGUAAACAGCUGUACCUACCCCGAGUGGGCCAGUACAGUUUCGGCUCAGUCUUUGAAAUGCGAGUCUAUUGCUGACAAGGAGGAAUGCACGUCGUAA